AUGCUGUCCGUUUUCAUAUUCCUGGCGUUUGCACUUAGCAAGUCACUAGUACUUGCCAAAAAUGUCGUGUACGAUUUCAAUGUUACAUGGGUGACUGCGAACCCAGACGGGCUCGCAGACCGCAAGGUGGUGGGCGUCAACGGGCAAUGGCCGUUACCCGUCAUCGAGGUCGACAAGGGGGAUCAGCUGAUCGUGAAUAUGUACAAUGGCCUAGGUGAUAAGAACACUAGUAUCCAUUUUCACGGCAUGUACCAGAAUGGCACCAACAACAUGGACGGGCCCUCAAUGGUGACGCAGUGCCCAAUCCCACCUGGAGCUAGCUUCACGUAUAACUUCACCGUCAACCAGAACGGGACGUACUUCUAUCAUUGUCACACUGAUUACUGUAUACCUGAUGGUUAUCGACAGGCCCUCAUUGUCCACGACAAUAGUUCUUAUUUUGUCGAUGACUAUGAAGAGGAGUUCACCAUCACUAUGUCUGACUGGUACCAUAACAUGGCCGAGAACAUCAAGCCUGAAUUUAUGUCGUUAUAUAAUCCCACAGGGGCAGAGCCGAUCCCGAACGCUUUUCUGUUCAAUGAUACGACGCAGGGCAUCAACUUAGAUGUCAAGCCUAACACGACAUAUCUGCUUCGGCUAAUAAAUGUCGGCGUAUUCGUUGCGCAGUAUUUUUACAUUGAAGACCAUACCUUCCAGAUUGUCGAAAUUGAUGGCGUGUACACUGAGCCCACCGAGGCCGACAUGCUCUACAUUGCGGUUGCUCAACGGUACUCUGUGCUACUUACAACAAAGAAUACGACUGAUAAAAACUACCCAAUUGUUACCGUGGCCGAUUCGACCUUACUGGACACGAUACCCUCAGAUCUGCGCCUCAACUAUACCAAUUGGCUGCAGUACGAUGCAUCAGCAGCGCAUCCACAAGCUAAUAUUACGGUCUCUGUGUCUUCAGACCUGGACCCCUAUGAGGACAGCACGUUAGUGCCUUAUGACCACAUGUCGCUGCUAGAAAACCCGACAAUAUCGAUCAAUCUGGCUGUCGUAAUGGAUAACCUCGACAACGGUAAAGGCUACGCAUUUCUCAACAAUAUUAGCUACACGGCACCCAAGGUACCUACUCUGUACACGGUCAUGUCCGCGGGCGAGCUGGCAACCGAUGCAACUGUCUACGGCGACUACACACACUCCAUGGUGCUGGGUCACAAUGAUGUUGUCGAAAUCGUUCUCAACAACAACGACACGGGCAGCCAUCCCUUCCAUUUGCAUGGACAUCAGUUUCAGGUCCUUGGAAAAAAUCCAUCCUAUGGCCCAGACUUCUUCAAGUACGCUGACGGGGACCCCUUCCCAUACGAUCCGUCGAACCACUCAGCAUUCCCCGCAUAUCCAGCUCGACGUGACACGCUCGUGCUACCACCGCAAGGAUAUUUUGUGAUCCGCUUUGUGGCGGAUAACCCAGGCGUUUGGCUUUUCCACUGCCACAUCGACUGGCAUCUAGCGCAAGGGUUAGCCAUGACGAUGGUCGAGGCGCCGUUGCAGAUACAGCAACGGAUGACCAUCCCUAGUGGCCAUAUCGACACAUGCCGUGCUGCAGGUGUGCAAUACGAGGGAAACGCCGCGGGCAACACAGAAGAUUACACCGAUCUCAGGGGUCAGAACGCGCAGCCAGGUUGGAUCCCGGGCGGCUUCACGGCGCGGGGAAUUGUCGCCAUGGUAUUUUCUAUCGUGAGUGCUUUCCUGGGGAUGGGUUCGAUUGUGCUGUACGGGUUGUCGGAUCUCAAAUUUGUCAAUGAGAAUGUUCAGAGUACGUCGGACGUAGCCGAGGAGUAUCACGACUAG